UUUGACAGAGCUGUGCUGUUCUGGCUGAACUAUAAGGCUGCCUAUGAUAACUGGAAGGAACAGCGCUUGGCUCUCAACUCGGACAUUCAUAUGGCCACCAAAGAGGUGGUAGACAAACUGCCAGCAAUACAGCAGACCAGCGUCCAGGCCUUCAGCACUCUCUUCCUACAGCUCACUGUCAAUGACCUGGGCAUCUGCCUGCCUAUCACCAACUCCUCACAGGCCAAUCACAGUAUUGAUCUUGACAAUGGCUCAGCACUGGUGUUAACCAUCGAGAGUACGCUAAUAACAGCCUGUUCCUCCGAGUCUCUGGUCAGCAAAGGCCAUUUUAAGAACUUUUGCAUUAGAUUUGCUGAGGGGUUUGAGACGACUUGGGAUGACUGGAAACCUGAGGUCAGAGGUGACCUGGUCAUGAAUGCCUGUGUUGUCCCUGAUGGUACUUAUGAGGUUUGCUCCAGAACGACAGGCCAGGCCUCUGCAGAGAGCAGCAGCGCAGGGACGUGGACCCUUAAUGUCUUGUGGAAGAUGUGUGGUAUCGAUGUGCACAUGGAUCCCAACAUCGGCAAGCGUCUGAAUGCUCUGGGUAACACGCUCACCUCUCUGACUGGUGAAGAGGACAACGAUGACAUCACAGACCUCAACUCGGUCAACAUGGCUGACCUGUCAGACGAGGACGAGAGCGAUGGCAUGUCUCCCCCCAUACACAUGUGUCCUGAAGGUGAUCUCAGCCCCAGACUUUCGUUCAGGAAGCGGCUGGUGAACAGCAUUCUGGGCAUUAGCCCCAGCCCCCCUCCCCUCUCACCUUCUGAGUGUCGUAAUAUUUCUCCAUCAUCCACAAUCACUCGGCUAAAGUCGAGAAGUGUUCGCCUGUCAUCCACAGCCAAUGCAGAACGAACUAGACAUCCCAGACCCCUGUCCUGGGGCUGUGAGUCUGUUGACCUGCGCAGGCAGGCUGUGAUGAGCAAUCAGAUAAUCGACGCUCGUGGACGAAAGUUCUCCAAGCGCCUGGUGGACAUUAGAGAACUCAAUGAGCAGGCCAGAGUCAUUGACGAUCUCAAGAAACUGGGAGCAAGUGAAGGCACUAUUAACCAGGAAAUCCAGCGCUAUCAGCAGUUGGAAUCUGUCGCUGUCAAUGACAUCCGCCGAGAUGUGCGCAAAAAGCUGCGGCGCUCCAGCAUGCGGGCUGCGUCACUGAAAGAUAAAUGGGGUUUAGGGUAUAAGCCCAGCUACAGCAACAGCAGGUCAAAGAGCAUCUCAGCAACAGGCAGACCAGCAGUGAAGAGGUCGGAUAGACCCAGGGACGAUCUGCCAGACAUCAAAGUGGAUGCAGCAUCUCCAGCACCAAGGGUUACCUUCAACAUCGACACGAUGGACACCCCAAACCUAAUCCCAAGUCCAGCUGGCUCUGUAUUUAAGUUCCCGGAGGAGACAGAGGUGGACCUGUUGUCUGUCACCAUUGAUGAUCCUGCCCAUUACCCAUCAUGCUCAGUGUUCAGUGCCCCUGGCACACCCGCAGUCUUUUCACCAACCAUUCCCUUCCAGCCUGAUGACAGUCGCCGCGACGACCUCUCCUCGACAUCGUCAGAGGACUCGGAUAAAGAUGACGAGUUUGACAGGGACAGGCCGCACAGCUAUUAUCGCAGACCAGGGGGCUCUCAGAGGAAGUCAUCUGCACUUUCUGCAUUAUUCAGCGAGCGCUGGCCCAACACACCCCCUCAGCGUGGAGGAUUAGCUCCGCCCACUGAACGGAACAUUGACUUUGAGCUGGACGUGCGUGUCGAGAUUGAUAGCGGGAAGUGUGUGCUGCACCCCAGCACCCAGCCACCUGAGCAUGAAGAUCUCGCGCUGAGGAGGAGUUGUGAGCGGAGCUCGAGGAGUCUGGAUCAGGACUCUCCUCCUAAGAAGCGAAAGCUGCAGCACAGUUUAGGCUCCAGCUCUCAUCUGCUGAAUGCUAAGCGAGUACCCACUUCUUUGCAGAGCAAGGCCAGUGACAUUGAGACCACGGUCUUCUACAUCCCUGGAGUGGAUGUUAAGCUACAUUACAACUCUAAAAUGCUGAAGAUGGAUUCGCCCAAUGCCUCGCGUGGAUCCUCCCUUCCCAGAACCCUUUCCAAAGAGUCCAAACUGUAUGGUAUGAGAGACGCACCCGCACCACCAGUCUCAGGCCCCGGCAAGACUAACACACUCCUCCCUCCCCCUCCCCCUCCUCCCCCUUCAGCUAAAGGUAAGGCAGGUGUAGGGGUGAAGACGGCUAAGCUAUAUGCAUGGGUAGCCCUGCAGACACUACCAGAGGAAAUGGUCAUCAGCCCAUGCCUGCUGGACUUCCUGGAGAAAGCACUGGAGACAAUUCCCAUCACACCAGUUGAUAGGAACUACACAACCCUCAAUGUUCCUGAGGAGGAUGUGGGUCACUUUGAUUCGGUGGAGCCUUUGGAGGAGUCUCAGGUGUCUCUCGUGUCUUCUGCUUCAUAUCCGUACUCCUCCUUCCCUGUGGAUGUGGUAGUUUAUGUCAGGGUGCAGCCAUCUCAGAUCCGGUUCAGUUGUCUGCCCAUGUCUCGAGUGGAGUGCAUGCUGAAACUUCCCUCUCUGGACCUGGUCUUCUCAUCCAAUAGGGGUGAACUUGAGCCCACCAGUGCCACCCAUCCACCUGAGGGUCAACAGACACCUUCCUCCACACCUCCAUCGGUACACAAUGCCAACAGAGUGCCUGGAAGCAAAGGUCCAUCCACAGGGUUAGGCAGUCCUCUGGGGCGGAGUCGCCACCACAGCAGCCAAUCAGAUCUAACAGGCCCACCGAUUAACUCAUCAGGUCUGAGUUUCACUGCCUGUAUGUCAGAUUUCUCCCUGUAUGUGUUUCAUCCUUAUGGAGCCGGCAAACAGAAGUCUGCAGUAACUGGCCUUCCGCCUGGACCAGGACCACUGGGAGCAGCGGAUGAAGAGGCUUCUUCAGUGACAGGCAGGAAAGAUUCUCUAUCCAUAAACUUGGAGUUUGUGAAAGUCAGUCUUUCCAGGAUGAGACGUACAGGAUGUCCAGCAUUUAUUGAUACUUCCAUUGCCAGCAAAGGUGGAAAGAUGGACACCACUCUUAUCAACAUCUCAGCGGUGUGUGAUAUCGGUUCUGCAUCCUUCAAGUACGACAUGAGACGUCUGAGUGAGAUUCUUGCAUUCCCACGAGCUUGGUACCGCAGAAGCAUUGCCAGGAGAUUGUUUCUAGGAGACCAGACCAUUAACUUACCAGCUUCAGGUCCUGCCACGCCGGAUUCAGUGGAGAGCAUCGCCCAGCACCUGUCUCCUGAGUCCAGCCGAAAAGCGUACUGGAGGACGUGGGACGGCCAAUCCACUCAACACCCCUCUGUCUUCACUGAUGCCACACCAAGCCACGCACACCUAAAAUCACCUGCCACAGGACGUUCCCGCAGUGUGUCCGACUCAUCAGCACCACGCAGAGACUCUGUCACCAAGACCUCCACCCCGUCAUUUCGGAAUGGAAAAACAGCAGCAGCGCAGCAGGGUUCGCCAUGGGAGACGCUGGUGGUGUUCGCCAUCAACCUUAAACAGCUUAAUGUCCAGAUGAACAUGAGCAAUGUCAUGGGCAACAAUACUUGGACAACAAGUGGGCUGAAGAGUCAGGGCCGUCUGUCAGUGGGCAGUAACAGAGAUCGUGAGAUCAGCAUGUCUAUCGGACUGGGUCGCUCCAAACUGGAUUCCAAAGGAGGAGUGGUGGGUGGCAACAUUGACGUCAACACACUGGAGAUGGUCUCCCAUAUUUCAGAACACCCAAAUCAGCAGCCCAGUCAUAAGAUCCAGAUCACCAUGGGCUCCACAGAGGCUCGACUGGACUAUAUGGGCUCCAGCAUAUUAAUGGGCAUCUUCAGUAACGCUGACCUGAAACUCCAGGAUGAGUGGAAGGUGAACCUCUGCACAACUGAGGCCAGUCUAUCUGAGAAAAGUGAGAUCUUUGUACACGGAGACCUGCAGUGGGACAUAUUCCAGGUGAUCAUCUCCCGCUCCACCACCCCUGACCUGAUAAAGAUCGGCAUGAAGCUGCAGGAGUUCUUCACACAGCAGUUUGACACCAGCAAGCGAGCCCUGUCCACCUGGGGUCCGGUGCCCUACAAUCCUCCCAAAACCCCGGUCAUCAACAUGGACAAAGGAGCAGCUGAGCUCUAUAUGGAUGCAGCUCAUCACAGACAUUGGCCCAGUGUGUUGAAGAUGGUGGCUGGAUGUCACAUUUCCCUCUUCCAGAUGCCCCUCCCAGAGGAUGCUGUGCAGCUGGGCGGCUCGAUGAGUCUCCAUGGCAACCACAUGACUCUGGCUUGUUUCCAUGGGCCCAACUUUCGUUCCAAGUCCUGGGUGCUGUUCCACCUGGAAGAGCCCAACAUCGCCUUCUGGACUGAAGCACAGAAGAUCUGGGAGGAUGGUUCCAGUGAUGAUUCUACAUAUAUAGUUCAAACCCUUGACUUUCACCUUGGGCAUAAUACCAUGGUAACCAAGCCUUGUGGUGCUCUGGAGAGCCCGAUGGCAACCAUCACUAAGGUUACCCGCCGUCGUCAUGAAAACCCCCCGCAUGGGGUGGCUACAGUCAAAGAAUGGUUCAACUAUGUCACUGCCAUGAGGAACGAAGAGCUGAACUUGUUGCGUAACGUGGAUGCAAACAACUCAGAAAGUGGAGCAGCAGCAAAGAGCUCCAGCCUUCUGAGCGGCUUCAGGGGCUCCUCCAGCUACAACCACGAAACCGAGACCAUCUUCGCCCUUCCCAAAAUGCAACUCGAGUUCAAAUCCAUUCAUGUACAAGACCCAGAGGAACCUUCUCUCAGUGAUGCUGGCAGUAAGCCCAAAGUGGAGUGCAGUGUGGUCACAGAGUUCACCGAUCACAUCUGUGUCACCAUGGAUGCAGAGCUCAUCAUGUUCCUGCAUGACCUGGUGUCGGCAUACUUGAAAGAAAAGGAGAAAGCCCUCUUCGCACCGCGCAUCUUGGCGUCUCGAUCUGGUCAGAAGAGCCCCACCGCGCAGCAGGAUGAAGGCUCAUCAGAGAAGAAGGAAAAGGAAGAGGGAAUAAACUAUACUACAGUGGACUGGAGAGAGUUCCUCUGCAACACAUGGCAUCUGGAGCCCACACUACGGUUGAUCUCGUGGACGGGCCGUAAGAUCGAUCCGGUGGGGGUGGACUACAUUUUGCAGAAGUUGGGAUUCCACCAUGCCAGGACUACUAUUCCCAAGUGGCUACAGAGAGGAGUAAUGGACCCUCUGGAUAAAGUUCUGUCCGUUCUCAUUAAGAAACUUGGCACGGCAUUACAGGAUGAGAAAGAGAAGAAAGGUCAAAGAGACAAAGAUGAGCAUUAACUCAAAUACUUCAAUGUAUUAAUACAUUUCCGCUACCUGGAGCCAUCUGUGUGAAUUUUUCUUUUUCUUUUUUUUUUUUUAACCUUGUAUGAAACCACUGGAUUUGUUGCAAACUACUGUACAGCACUCACAAACACAUCACAGCCAUCGUUAUACUGUGUGAACAUUAACGUUUGCCCUGGUUCAUAUGGCUAUAGCUCUCGGAUGACUGAAAGUGUUUUUUCCUUUUUUGGUUUUGUACAUUUUAAUUUUCAGAUAAAGUAAACAUUGGAUAGCUGCUGCUGCUGCUGAAUGCCAGUUGGACUUUUAACAUGGAUUAAAUGCACUUAUACGUCACUGACACUAACAAAUGAUCAGUGAUCUUAAGCUACAGUAUACAAGUGUGCUCUUGAAAUCGGUUUACAUGAGUUCAGAGGAGCGAUACGCAUCCUGUGUUCUUUCUCUGAGGUGAAUAUACUGCUGAAUAUUGCCAAUCAGACUUUUUAAGUAGUUUAACAUUUUAAGAGCAAACAAUACAGGUAACCGCUGACCGGGUGGUAAAGUGUUCUAUCAGCCAGCAGAGGAAGUGUGAACAUCCCUAUGCCUAAUUAUUCCUUUGAGAGUGACCAAAUUUUAUGAUGCCUGAUUAACAACACAUUUUGAGGGAUGAUAUAGUGGAAAUGCCUCAGAUAUUCCUGUGAAUACAUCAGAACCUCAGAUUGUGCUGUGUAAUGUGAACUGGCCUAUAAAGCAAGGCUCUAACUUAAGUAGACAAACAAAAUGUAAAUAUCUUAAAUGCAUAAGCUGUUACCCAUGUUAGGCCUGUGGUGAUAGUGUUUUUCCUUUUUUCAUAACAAGUGCAAUAGACCAUUGUAUGUACAGAAGUAAAUAUGUUCAAUGUGCUGAUUUCUUAACUGAAUAAAAUCAUUACUACUAAAAUGAA